AUGUCUGCUUUUGCUGCCCUCAUCAUGCUGACGGCUCUUUUACUCACCGUUUUUCUCAGAUGGAGAAAGAAAAACUUUGAGUACUUCCGAAAUUUGGGUAUACCAGGACCUGAACCGAGCAUUCUCUCCGGAAACCUCAGAGAAUACCACCGAAAGGGCCGACACCUGGCUUUGCAAAAAUGGUGUGAUACGUACGGCAACAUAUUUGGGUUUUAUAAUGGCGAUGUUCCGACCCUUGUAGUUAAGGACCUUGAUUUUCUGCACUACGUCUUCGUCUCAAACUUCAAAAACUUUGCCGAACGCGGGAUCACCAUGCGGACAGAUCAGGUGCAUUCUUCCCUAGGAUCGUCCAUGAUUCAUGCCAAGGAAAGUCAAUGGCGUUUUCUUCGAGGCUGCACCUCGCCUGAAUUUACUUCGUGCAAACUAAAAGCGAUGAUGCCUUUCCUCACUGAACAAGGAGACGUAUUCAUGAAGGUGCUGGGCAAACUUGCCGAUGAAAGGAGGGAGGAGUCAAUGCUCGAAUCCUUCCAAGCUCUGUCUAUGGACUUCUUUUGUCGGGCAAAUUUUGGAAUAGACUCCAACUUUCAGCAUACCACGGCAAGUCUGUUCUACGUCAAAGCCGAGAAUGUCAUCCCAGGAAUGAUGAUAGGCCCCUUCCACGCAAUUGCACAAUGCACGACGACACUCGGAGUGUUUAUGAAGCCAUUCUUUUGGAUUAAUCGAAUACUCGGAAGUUUUACCAUGAAUAUAUUUGCCGAAGAGAUGAAGAAGGUUGUUCGACUCAGAACGAAAAAUCCUAAACUACGAAGAAACGACAUGCUGCAGAACCUAUUGGAAGCCGAACUGCAUUCCAAGCACUUUACGAAAGGCGGGCUUCAAGAAUUUCGGCGCCUGUCCGAAGAAGAGUUGGUGUUGCUGACGACAGUUCUCUUUCUUGGAGGAUUUCAGACCACUGCGGUGACAUUGAGCUUUAUGUCCAUGUUACUCGCUAUGCAUCCAGAAAUUCAAGAGAAAGUGAGGCAGGAAGUGAAGGACGCAAUUUCAAGCUCGGGAUGUCUGGAUUAUGACACCACGGUUCACAAACUGAACUAUAUGACGCAGGUCAUGAACGAGACGCUGCGAUUAUACCCCCCCUCACUUACGUUCCACACAAGAACUGCAAAAAACAGCUUUGAGUACAAGGGUACAACAUUUAAGGCCGGAACGUGUAUCAUGGCACCCGUGAUGCAACUACAUAGAGAUCCACAAUAUUGGACUGACCCAAACAAGUUUGAUCCUGACAGGUUUAGUCCCGAAAACGAAGGAACGUACUGCAAGAGAGCAUUCCAGCCUUUCGGUGUCGGACCACGCUGUUGCGUCGGAUAUAAGUUGGCUCUUUUUCAAGUACUGUACUUCACCGCUAGAAUGGUGCAAAACUUCAAGAUGGAACUCGGAGACGCACACAAGGGUGCCAUCGAGGUACAAACCAUCGGCAUGAUGGCUUCACCCGGCGAUGGAUCAUGGAUGAAAUUUACACGGAUUUGAUAUUGCUCCUUUUAAAUCAAAGAUUCUUGGAGCUAACUCGGGUGCUGGAACUUUGGAGAAUCAUUAAUUGAGACUGUGGCUUUCUUUGUGUAUAUUUAUAUUAAAAAAAUGUACAAAGCAUGCAAAAAAAAUGGGUAAUCGAAAACAAGUACAGGGAACAAGCACUUACGUUAACUUGUUUUGUUAACUCGACACGUUCUACUUUGCGUUUGCCUUUUUUUUUUUUUUUCGAGUGCCGCGUACAUUUAUACUAUACAUAACCUAACUCAUUUUCAGAGAUACUUUGAAGUAACUGCAUCUACAACUAUCUGCUUCAACAAUUUUAUUCUAUACAGCUUAAGUAGAAGAUAUUAACUGGUUCGUUUAAAUCACACACGUGGAAUUUUGUACAAACUAAAUAGUAAUACCACCACAGUUUGAACAUACACAGUGUGGAUUAUCUUACUGCACUGUAUAUACACCGAGCGAUUGGGCGGCUUUAAUAAUUUUUACAUUAGCAAUUCAUCUGAUAGCGGCUUUUCUAAAGUAUAUGUUCAUUAAAACUUCAUAUUUUGAAAGACAGUAAAAUGCUGCAUUUUUGUGCGGUGGUCAGGAAUAUGCCGAAAAAAGCUCUGCUUAUUCUAGCAAAGUAUAUCCUAUCAUUUACGGUAUAAAUGUUUAUAUCAUUUAACAUGUUGUGUUUGAAGCACCAUCACGCAUGAUUUCGUCAAUAA